ACUGCAGAAAAGAAAGCAGAGAAAGGGAGAAAGGCCGGUUUAGAAAGAAGAAAAACUAAAAGAUAGCCAAAAUAUUAUUCUCUUUUUAGCCAUCAUGGUUUUUGGUUUUUUCUCUCUUAGAAACCAAAACUAGCUAGCUAACCAGAUCGUCUUCCUUACAAGAGUCCGAAAGAUAGCUCUAGUAUAUUUUUUUUAGUGAGACUCUUUCUUUUGUUUAGAUCGAUCACUACUGCUCAAAAACCACUUGACUUGGGUUUUUUUGCUGUCUUUUGGCGCAAUCGGACCGUCUAAAUUUAGUCUGCGGCUUGUGUUUGUUUGUUUGUACGUUCUCUUCGUGUUUCCAAAACUAGAGUUUGUCUGCGGCUAAAUUACAAGGGAACAGAUUUGAGCUCAGAUUCAAAUGAUGUCCGGUGAUGGCUAUUCACUUAUGCCUUCUGCCAUUGAAGGGUUCGAUCAUCAACUGAACCCAGCAAACCCUAGUCAGAAUCAGAAAUCCAAUCCUGCUGUCAAGAAGAAGAGGAAUCUACCAGGAACUCCAGAUCCAGAUGCGGAGGUUAUUGCCUUAUCUCCCACCACACUUAUGGCAACGAACAGAUUCAUCUGCGAGAUAUGCAACAAGGGUUUCCAAAGGGACCAGAACUUACAGCUUCAUCGAAGAGGUCACAAUCUUCCAUGGAAACUGAGGCAAAGAACGAACAAGGAUGUGAUCAAGAAGAAGGUCUACAUUUGCCCGGAGAAGACCUGCGUCCACCACGAUCCUUCUAGAGCUCUCGGGGACCUCACCGGAAUCAAGAAGCAUUUCAGCAGGAAACACGGCGAGAAGAAGUGGAAGUGCGAGAAGUGUUCGAAGAAAUACGCAGUUCAAUCGGAUUGGAAAGCUCACUCCAAGACGUGCGGGACUAGGGAGUACAAGUGUGACUGUGGAACUCUAUUUUCCAGGAAAGAUAGCUUCAUCACACAUCGAGCAUUUUGUGAUGCCCUAACUGAAGAGAGUGCUAGGCUCACUUCAGCUGCAGCAGCUGCUACAAAUCUUAACUUCGGAAAUGAUCCUUCAGCAAACAACACCAUGAUGAAUUCUCAAGCAGUUCAAGAUGUUUCUCAAAUCUCUGAUUUCGAGAAGCCAAGCAGAUUGUCGUUUUGGAUGAACCAGCAGCCGAAUAAUCUCAAUGUGAUCGACAUGGCAGCAGCAAAUUCUAAUAAUCUUUAUGAUAUGGUGCAAAUGGGAUCUGCCACUAGUCUUUUCGGGUCAAAUUCCAUGUCCAAUUUCGGCGCCUCUACUUCAAUAAGUUCGGCGAAUCUCUCCUUAUCAUCACCAAUGGGACUAAAAGAUCAAGAAGGAAGAAAUAUCAAACCCAACAUUAUCAGCAAGCCACCGUCAGCGCCCAUGUCAGCCACAGCGCUGCUGCAGAAAGCGGCGCAGUUAGGGUCUACUCGAAGCAGCAACCAGUCGCUUCCCGGCAGCAGCGCAGGCGUAAUGACCUCGCCGCCUUCCUCGAACACAUUGAACUUCAACAGAGGGUCGAAUGAGCUUAACCAACUUUUUCAACCGAGGAAUACUACUUCAUCCAAUCUGGUUAGCUCGUUAAGUUGUGCAUCGAACAAUUCUAGUCUCGAACAGCUAAUGAAGUUCGGUGGCGCGAGUUCGAAUGCGAUUGAUCGUCAGAAUAGUCUAACCAGAGACUUCUUGGGCGUGGGAGGAGAUAAUCAAGCUCAUAAUAGGCAGUUCUUGCCACAUGAUCUAGCCAAGUUCGGCUCAGCUGCUAUGGGAUUGAGUCCAUUCACUGGCAACCACUGAAGUCAUUAUCAGAAAUAUCAAUUAAACUGAGUCCGGGAUCGAUGAUGAGUUGGGACCGAGUUGAAUCAAACCUGAUCGGUCAUCAGCUAGCUAGGGACCGCAAGCUGAAUAAGAGAGAGAGCUAGCAGGGUAGCGCUGCAUUCUGAGAAAAGUGGUCACGGACUCCACAGAGAGGCUGAGCAGCUCAGAUGAGGGGCCCCGCCGGUGCAUGUCUGAAGUGACAGAACGACGAGCAAACUCCGAGUCAUGAUGAUGUGUAAACUAUUUGGACCGUUUUGGUUGCUGUGUUACGUUGUUUUAUCUUGUGUAUGUUUAGCCUGCUGUUGUUGUUUUAUGUAUGAUUUCUAUUUCUUUGCUUUCUCUUCUUUCGAAAAUGGGGCACAGAAAACUACGUGACAGAGAAAUAGUUGACCGUCCGUCAAACUAAUCCGGCCGCCCCGUCAAAGGUGGUGGCCCGGCCGGG